AUGACAGACCUGGAAGAUGGUAAGCAGCCCUGUGCCCUGUCCUCUCACUAUGGGAGCACAUUCUCCAAGUCGGGAGGUGACAAAAUGUUCUCUCUCAAGAAGUGGAACGCAGUGGCCACGUGGAGCUGGCACAUGGAGUGCGAUACAUGCACCAUCUGCAGGGCCCAGGUGAUGAUGCCUGUCUUCGAUGUCAAGCUGAAAACAAACAAGAGGCUUACAUAUUGGUUUGGGGAGAAUGCAAUCAUUUCUUCCACAACUGCUGCAUGUCCCUGA